AUGCGUUGUCGCGUCGGUGUUGGUGGUCAUGGAUUUAGCAACAUUUCGGGAUACCAGACCCAGAUUCCCCCUCAGCUGGGUUUCGUCAGUGGUUUUGCUUUUUCUUCUUUACUCGCGAUUUCCGAUCUAAUUAUUGCCCCUUUCUUUUGUCACUUUUCUUUUUUGUUUUCAGCGUCGGAUGUUCAGAUACCCCGUCUUGUAUGUCAUCAUGUUGUUUCCUGGCGCUUCCUUGUUUCGUUUUCCCCUUCAUUCUCAUACCCCGAGCGUGUUACCCAGAACAGCUCCCGCGUUACUUUAGAUGGAUUGCAUAUUGCAUAG